AUGUCACAUCACCCUCAUUCAGCGUUACAGAUAUAUCAAUUUCUCUACACCUUGCAUCAAAAUACACCAUCAAAAGAAAUAUUUGACUCUAUUUUGCUCGAUUUGAAAACACCGCGCUUCGAGCCUGUUUCUGUUCUUGCUGAUCGAUGGCGACCCAUUUUCCAAACAGAGAUGCCUAGUCUAUUAGAUCAAUUUGAACAAUUGUUAGCGAGUGCAGCGCAAUCGCCAGCUUACGAUUCUUUGCUUAUGUCUGUUUCCGACCAUUAUCCAUUAGUCUAUCGAGUUUCCUGCUUUUUAGAAAACGAUCUGCAACUGGAGUUGUUUGUUCGUUGCCUGUGUUUGGAUCUUUCGACACCUGUCCAUCACGAGGAGAUAAAAGAAACCAUUAUUCAGUUUCUUACAGAGCUCCCAUCAGAUAUAAGAGAAUAUGUAGAGGAAAUAUUGAUUGAAGAUGACCAUCACUAUUUGAGCAGAAAUGAUACAGUGACGAUGAUGAUGAAUCGACGGAAAACUGCAGAUGCUUCUUCAUUUGAUGGGUUUUUGGAUAUGGAUAAAGUCUACGAGGUGAUAGACGAUGAAUAUACUUUCGAUAUGUUUAUGGCGAUUCUGCAAUCGAACAUGUCUGAUGGUGCGCCGUGGUCGCAGACGUGUCAAGAGAUUUAUCAAUUGGUGGCGGAGAAAGGCAUUUGGGAACGAUUGGCGCCUUUGUUACAGCAAGUCUAUAUCAAAUCAGAUACUCAAGAUUAUGCGUCUUACGAGGAUUAUGUUCAACAAAAUUUCUUGGAUGAUGGAGGACAACAGUAUUUAGAUGAUGAAAUCAAGCGUGCUCAAGUCGAACACAUGAUGAGCAAAUUGACCAUGUAA